AUGAAACGUAGAAAUUUAAAAGAUGUACAAAAGCGUGCGUUAUUUUCACGUGUAGAACAUAAAAGAAAUAUAUUACGUGCAAUGUUAAAAGACCGAACUUUACCACAACAUAUACGUUUUCAUAUGAGUGUAGAGUUAAAUUCUUUACCCCGUAAUAGUAUACCAACAAAAAUUAAAAAUCGAUGUGUACAAACUGGUCGAUCCAAGGGAGUAUAUCGUCUUUUAAAAAUGUCACGUAUCCGUAUGCGUGAGCUUAUGGCUAUGGGUGCAUUACCAGGAAUAAAAAAAGCAAGUUGGUAA